UUUGCUCUCCAAUCAGAGAGCGAGGGCGGAAUCCCUUGCAGCCAAGCAGACAUCGCGCCGAGGGGAGUGGGGGGGACUUUAGUGCACCAAUGAGAUAAAGAACGCAGCAAGCCAAUCAGCCAGUGGGUUCGUGACCCGGAAGCGGAAGCGACGGGAGAAGCCUACCUGCAGCACAAACAUGAACAUCCUCCCCAAGAAGUCUUGGCACGUGCGAAACAAAGACAAUGUGGCCCGGGUGCGGCGGGACGAGGCCCAGGCCGAGGAUGAGCGGCAGCAGCGGCAGGCUCGGGCCUUGCUGGCCGAGCAGGAGGCACGGACCAAGUUUCUGAGGAAGAAGGCACGGCUCUUGGCCCUGCCGGAGCCCGAUAGCAGCUCGGAGCUGGCCCUCUGCGGUGAGCAGCCACAUCACGUCGACCUCUUCCGUGACCUGGAGGAUGGCAAGGGCAGCAAGGCAGGGAACAAGGAGUAUGAGGAGGAGAAGCUUAAGGAGAAGGAGCACCAGGAGAAGGCCAUUGGGCUGCUGACAUAUCUGGGACAGAGUUCAGCUGAGGCCCAAACCAACCCACCCUGGUACCAGGAGGCCCCAGACUGCAGCAAGGAGGCAGCUGACAUGGUCAGGGAUGAGAAGCUGAAGGGGAAGCUGGACCCCCUCAUAGAGAUGGAGAAGUACCUGCGGAAGAAGAAAGGGGAACAAAAGAAACACAAGAAAGAAAAGGAGAGGCACAAGGAGAAGGACAGGCGCAAAGAGGAAAGAAAGGGAGUGGGGACCUCUGGCCCCACUUCCCUGGAGGAGCUAAGGCAGGAGCGGCUGCAGCGAGAGAAGGCAGAGCGAGCCAAGGCAGAAGCCCUGCUGGCUGGGAUGCGGGGAGGGUCAGUCAGCUGCAGGGAGGAAGUGGAGAUGGACGACAGGAGACGCUGCUACAAUUCUCAGUUCAACCCACAGCUGGCCCGGAAACCCCGGGACCAGGAGGAGCAGCGCUGAGCUGGGGUGCAGAAUGGGGGCUUUGGAGCUCUAGACAUGGAACUGCCUGAAUAGGCACUAUAGCAGGGCCAGGGCUCCAAGGACAGAGAAUGGGAAGGCUCCAGCCCUUCAAACCACAAGGAUGUUUCUGUUCCAAGGACACAGGAUGUCUUUUUUGUUACACCUCCCCUUAACAAUGCCUCCCUGGACUGGCAGGUGGGGAGUCCCUCCAGUCCUCCAUGGACUUUGCACCUAAGAAGGGGCUUCAUGGAGGAUUUGCAGGGGCACUAUGUACUGGACACAGGCCUCAUGUUUUAGCAGGCAAGUGGAAGGAGGGAAGGAAAAACAAACCCCUUGGUGGUGGAGCUGAAGCAAAUGAGUUCCAGCUGCUACCUCCAAGCCCUGGUAGUACAGGAGCUGUCAGGGUUGUAGCUACAGACCUGUGCACUAAUAAAGGUUGUGUCCAAUUUGA